AGAACAAUCUCACACAUAGGCGCUGAACGUUUAAAACAAAAAGACCUUCCCAUGGUUUAUGUGCCCAGGAACAGGACAAUGUCUUCAGGACCACGCAGUUCUUAAGUACAAAUCACAAAGAAUUAUAUAAGGUUCUGUGAUUUGUGUUCUCUCUCAGCUGUCUGGUUGUUGUUGUUGUUCUUGAGGACCGAAUGUCGUUCUUUUUCAGUCAGUCUGCUGAAAAAUUUCCGCUCGAAUCUUUCUCGGUUGCUCGUUGGAAAAGGUGAAUCGACCAACAUGGAUUUGUUCAUAGUCGAGUGAACAAAUUGUUUAAUUCUGGUCCCAGGUAUCUGAGUUCGAAGACAGGAGCUCGUUCUGAUUCUUGUGCUGUUCCGGGCAUCCACUGCUCGGUAAAAGUCCAACAGACCUCAUCAGUGAUCGGAAUGGAAGGCAGGGAAGGAAAAAUUAGUUGAAUUCCUCGGGACUAACUUGGCAAGAAAGUAUUGGAGUUUUGAUUAGAGUUCGGGAAGUUAAGGCAGCUAAUGUCAUCGUCAGCGAUGCUCGCCUCAUUCUAAAUCAAGAGGGUAUGGAUUUAUGGGUCGUUGCAGCAGCCACUGGUGCCGGGUACAUAGCAAAGCACUUGCAGCAAAAUCUACCAUCCCGGGAAAAGGAUGACUACUCCGACUCGCUCGAGUCGGCACCUCAUGGGCAUCCUCAAUUUGUAAACGUGCUGAAAGAGAUAAGGGAACAGACCUGCCCUUUACGCCGAUUAGCCCGUAGAAGAGGAGGUAAAUUGGGCGAUGUUCUGGCUAAGAAUUUCCACGAACUAAUUCACCAUCGCUUGGAUGGUGAUGAUGGAGAGGCAGGAGAUGCAACUACGAGCGGUUUUUAUGACCAUAGCAACCCACUUACACUAGACAGGUUCGACACAUCUGUUGGUCCCGGAUGUGAGCAUCCUCGAGAAUUCUGGGACAGUUAUGAUUGGAAUGCUGAGUUAGACGAUGGAUACUCCUUUCGUCGGUUCAAUAGGAAUAAUGGACAUUCCAGAAUGAUGAUGCCACAUUUGUACUCAGUCCAGCCAUUUGGACCAUCAAAUCCUUCUGAGAGUUUCUUCAUUGGCCAGUUCUACAAUGGACAUGCUCGGAUUGACCAGGACGGCGCCUUCAGAUUAUACAGUUUGCCCCCUGAAUCAGCAGUCAGGCCAUUAUUAGUUACUGAUGGGACCUGGUUGAUAAGCAGAGCCAGCAGUGAUUUCGAGAUGGCGAUGAAGAGCCAGGAAGGGCUUUCAAGGCCUAUACGGCCAGAUCUGCCAAUGAGAUCAAUGCAAAAUGUCGAGCAAGCGAGCUCUACGAGACCGAGCAUUUCUGGUGUCAGGGCACCUGAUAAAUUGAUGCAUUCACAAGGGUCAUCCAAUGGAUUACUCUUCUUCCUUGGGCUAAUGAUUGGGAUGACAUCGAGCAUUGUUACGAACAGGACAGAAGUGGAGAAGUUACAUGAAAAUUUGGAGCAGGCCAAGAACCUGGUCAAAGACUUGCACGAAGAGCUCGAGAUGAAGGAUCAGUUGAUAGUCAAGGAGAUUGAUUGGAAGGCUGCUUCUGCUGAAAGUUCAGGGAGGAACGGAACGCCGAAUGAGCGGUCCUCUUAUCAUGAGCGCCAUGAGCCAAGACCAGACGUGGAGAAGUCCGAGGCUAUGAGUAAGAUCGAGGCAGAGCUUGAAGCCGAACUCGAGAGGUUGGAGCUGAACAUGGAAAUGACCAGUUUGGAUAAUAUAUCCGAACUUGUUGAGCAGGUCGAUCCGGAUUUGGAGAUUGAUAUCAUUCGAGAGGACUUAAAUCUCAAAAAGCCUGACGCACAACGACCCAAAGCUUCAUCAAACUCUGAUCAUGACUCCUCUGAGGCCUCUGAUGAUCCACCUCAGCCAGCAAACUAUGUUGUGUCUCCACGAGAGCUGACUCUGCGUCUCCACGAAAUCAUCGAGUUAAGGCUCGAAGCAAGGAUCCUCGAACUUGAGGCAGCCCUGGAGAGUACACAGAGGAGGCUUUCCGCUCUAUCUAGGAGCAUGGAUGGGGACUCCAGUGGUGAACUUGAAAGGCCUUGAGUUCAACCGGUGCUAAUAGUGGAAUCGAGCAUCCCUUCAUCAUGAACUUGUCCGGUAAAGGCUAUUGGUGCAUAUAACGAGGCUAUGAGGAAAUUGGUGGAUUGAACAUUGUGGCUUAUGGACCGACUUCUGUAGAAGAAUGGAUGCAAAUAAGUCGGGAAUCAAGUGACGACGAGGAGUCAAGGAAGCAUUUAGUCGAGCAAAUCAUGAGGAAACAUCUCUGAAAAAUCAGAUCAACUGCUGCAAAAGAAUAUAUGAUAUGUACUUUUCAAUAAAUUGUUGGUUUUCCUCCAACUUUAUAGAAACUUUCCUUUCGACUAGAAAAUACUCUGCAGGUGUCACAUUGAGCAUAUAAAGAGGAGUCAGAUGCAUGAAAAA